AUGACUGGGAGUGGUAGAGGAUCGGCUGACUUGAUGAGAGAAAAGAAAGUACACGAUAUGUCUGUGCAAGAAAUAUGGUGGAAAGGAAAUAAAGCUAAAGAGUUGGGUGAUGGAUAUAAGCUAUAUCAUAGUGGAGCAAAAGAAGAGAAGGGAAAUUUCUGGAAAGACAUGGCUGGAGUAAUGCAAGAACUAGAAGAACAUGAGAGGGUGAUAGUAGGGGCAGAUUUGAAUGGCCAUGUUGGAAGUGAAAAUGCGGCGAUUGGUCAGAUGCAUGGGGGCCAUGGAAUUGGGGAGAGAAACCCAGAAGGAGAAAGUGUAGUGGACCUUGCUGUGUCAUACGACAUGGCAAUAGUAAACAUAUUCUUUAAGAAGAAAAGGGAACACCUAUUAACAUAUAGGAGUUGGGAAGAUGCUCUCAGAUAG